AUGGCAAAGAAGAAGACCAAGCAGCCCGUGUCCGACGACGUCGACGGUGGUGUCCCCAGCGGAAGCGCAUCGCAAUCGUCGUCCAAUGGCUCUUCUAGGGGUCGAAAUGCCUCGAGCGCUGUCGCGGACAAUGUUCCGGCGCUGAUUAUCUGUCGCAACAAGCAUUGGCGCUUUAUCUCCUCCUUUCAUGGCCCAUGGCUACAGAUGCCCAUUGAGAUCCUCGAAACGAUUGCGAACAUCAACUACAAUACCCCGCGCCCGCGCCCCAUCGAUCCCGCCGUCUUCUUCGACCUCCUCAAGAUCCGCCGGCUCGUCGACGAAGCCACAACUCUUGCAGUGCGGGCAGCCAGUGAUAUCGCCUCACCGACGUUGGCAAAUCUGCACGGAGGACUGAAUUCACAUACGGCGCUGGGGUAUGGCGGGCAUGGUGCAAAAUUAAGCAGAGAACGCAAAUUCCGAAUGAGAGAGCAGGCCAGCCAGAAGCUGGCCCGCGCAUAUCGUUUGGACGAGAUCGCCUGCAGCGUUGCUACGAUGCAGGGAGCGUCAACGCUUGAGGAGAUCGGGUCUCUGGUGUUGCAGCGCAGCAAAGAAGAUCCUGAUGCCAAAUACGUCCACUUUUUCCAUGAAAAGAUUCCCUCAAGGCAACUGGCGGAGUGCACCAGUUUGCAACCCUUGGACGAUAUCAUAUCUGCUAGGCCGACCGAGGGCGAGGCACUACGAACCAGAGCUACCGUGAGGAUAUUCAAAGACGAUUACGAGGGGGCUGCCCAAGACCUGAGUAGCGCGCUGCAAGUGCACCGCUUUCAUCAGCCACUUCACCGACCACCAUCAUCGCAGGAUCUACAGCUAGCCACUGGAUCCAGAAGGCCCCCGGACGUGAUUCUUACCGAGGAGCAGCAACCUAGCAGCUUGGAAAUACAGUUGCUAUUUCAGCGCGCUGGGGUAUACUUGACAAUGGCAUGCCAGCAUGUCGUUGACGGCCUCCCUGAGGCAGCUGCAUCUCCGCGGACUGGUAGCUCGAAGGAAGCAUCUCGUGAUGCCAGUCCCGGAGGCGAAGGCCCGCCAGACCAGCCUCCAGAGCCUACUGCGGCAGAGAAAGAGGCAGGACGCCAACGUUUGGAGAAACGUAAAAUCGUGAAGACAUACGCCAAGAGAGCUUUGCGCGACUACUUGGCUUACCUGUCCAAAUUCGAAUACACCCCUGAUUUGCCCCUGAGGGUGACAAGAGAGUUCACUGAGAAGGUUAACCUCGCAGCUCACGGCAUCCGUCACCCUCGAGUCCCCGACUCAGGGCCUGCCCCUUCUUACAAAACUUACCCCUUGUCCGAUUUGUUCGCUGCCGUACCCCCCGCAGAUAUCCCGCCGUAUCCCUCUCAGGAACUUAACAAGAUUCAGUCGUCUCCGAAGGCUGCUGCCCUUGCGGCUGCGUCAAUCACUAAGGACAGCAACACGCUAGCUCACAUUGGGGAAAAUGAGGAACAGCGCAAGGAGCGGAUUCGUCAGCAGGCCAUCAUGGACUCACUCGACGACGAUAGAGUCGUCGACGAGGCAAGCCUUCGUGCUGCUAUUACUGCUCGUCAGAAGCGAGCCCAGGAGGAUCACGACUACUUGCAAGGCAUCAAGAAUGGGUUCAACGGGAAGCAAGACACGGGUCUCGCUGGCCAGCCUUCGCCUGCCUUGCGGAGGUGGAGUGUCGAUGACGGACGAGAAUAUCCCAUAUUGACUGAGCGCGCCGCUGCAAUUGCCCGCUGGGUGCUCGAGGCACCCACGGUGAGCCUGGGAACGGCCAAGCGGAAGAAGAAGUCGGGCCCGAAAAAGGACAAGGCCCAAAACGGGUCGGAAGCGGCGACGAACGGUAUGGCUAACCUGGCCAUCAGCGAAGCUGGUAGAGCUGUAGACGCGCAGGCAUAG